AAACAUGUCAAUGAAAGCCGCUGCAGUAGUAGAGUCAGCUGUUGCUACAACCUCAUUCACAGGAGGGUUGAAGUGUAAACAAACAUUGACAUAGUGAGCACAUUUGAUGUCUGGGCUGUGCUUGUGACCUUCGGCUAAGUUUCCAAUAAUUGGACGCACGUGCUUCCUUCGCUCGCCGGUGAAUGUUUUGUUUGAAUUUGUUUGACGCGUGAGUUAGGUUAUCUUUAUCCAAGUUUCGAGAAAUUAUUCGAGGAUGCCAGAUAUAAAGUUGCCGAAUAUCCUUGUUACGGGGACCCCUGGUGUGGGCAAAUCUCAUCUAUGCGCCAAACUGAGCGAAGAUUUGAAAUUAAAAUACCACGACAUCUCAGCAGUCGCAAAGGAUCAAGGUUUUGUUGAUGGUCAUGACGACGAAUACGAUUGUCCUAUACUAGACGAGGAUAAACUUCUUGACUACUUGGAACCCAUCAUGAGUGCUGGUGGAAACAUUGUCGAAUAUCAUAGUUGUGACUUUUUCCCGGAAAGAUGGUUCGAUGCAGUUUUCGUAGUAACCUGUAAUAAUACUAUAUUACACGAUCGGCUCACAGAACGGAAUUACAACCCUAAGAAGCUGCAGUCAAACAUAGAGUGCGAGAUUUUCCAGACAAUUCUAGAAGAGGCGAGAGAUUCAUAUGAUGAAGACAUCGUAUUUGAAAUUAAAGGCGAGACAGAAAAGGAUUGUCAAGACAGCGUUAAAAAGGUUAAAGAAUGGUAUAAAUCCUGGAAAAGGAGAAGUAAUUAACUGUUGAUAAUACCAAUCAAUUUAUCAGACUUGUGGAAUUUUUGUAUACUCUCUGUUUUCCAAAGUAAUAAAAACCGAAUUAAUCUUUAAAUUUGAACAGACGAUGAAUGAAUAAAUGCCUCUAUAUCAAA